GCAACCGUUAAAACGUACGGUGUCACAUCAUUGCUAAACUACCCCAUUUCGUCUCCAUCUCAACCUCUCCAGUCUUGCUGGUCAACCAUUUUUUUUCACUCCAAAUCUCGGAUUAUUCAGUCCUGGGAUUAUAUUAUCCGACUCUGUUCGCACUAGAUUUUCUUGGUGGAAAUGCAGCAAACAGUUAGAAAGGAAAAAAAUGAAGAGAAAAAGAGACGAAAAUGGUGAUCCUUUAUCGCGGGACCUUUCUUGCCGAGAAAGUGACAGCUUUUUCUUCAACGGAGAUUGUGGAGAAGACAAACCAAUCCUCAAUCUCAACAACUAUUGUGAUGGCUUUGCACUGGAAGAAGACCACUUGCAGAACUUAAUUCUCAGAGAGAUCGAAUUUGGGUUCGAGAAAGACGAAGAUUUGGUGAUUCCCAUUUGGGUUUUGAACGCUCGAGUGGAAUCCAUCACAUGGGUUCUCCAAAGAAGAAGGGCUCUUGGAUUUCAUCCCAGAACAGCAUAUCUGUGCAUGACAUACUUUGAUCGGUUCAUUUCCCUGAGACAAAUCCCUGUUAAUAAUAAAGAAGCUGUGGUUAGAUUACUUUCAGUGGCGUGUCUAUCUCUGGCUGCAAAGAUGGACGAGCAGAACAUUCCAUCACUGUCACAGUACGAAGUCGAAAAUCCUCACCUUUUUGAAGUAAAACUGAUUCAGAGAAUGGAGCUUACGGUGUUGGGAGCACUGGAAUGGAAGAUGAAUAUGAUUACACCCUUCUCGUUUAUCGAUUACUUCGUCUCCAAGUUGUGCCAAGAAUCUCUAUCUGAUGUAAAAUCCAAGAUUGCAGGCCUCCUCCUUUCCAUAAUCACAGAGAUUAAUUCAAUGCAUCAACGACCGUCCGCUGUAGCAGCCGCGGCCACUUUGAUGGCAUUGGAUCAGAAACUAACAAAAGAAGCAUUGGAAUUAAAGAUAAACUCUGUAUCAGAACUGAAAUUUUUGGAAAUUGAAGCUGUGAUUUUCUGCUACAAUCGAAUGCAGGAGAAGGAGCUGAAGAGUUUGAAGGACUGAUCGAUCCCAGUAAAUGUUGUAGAUAAUUCUUCAGUUCCAGCAGAGAAGUCUGUAAAAACCAAUUGAUCACUCAUGCAGUUUGAUUCGAGCCCCAUGGGUGGAUGUUGUAGAGAAUUUUUCAGCUACAUCAGAUUACAUUAGAGAAGAGUAAUUCUGUUCUGGUGUAGAAAUUCCAAUGGUGGAGUGGAGUUACUUUGAGGAAAGAAUCUUCAGUUCGGGCGCUCGCUAGGGCAGCAAACACAAGGGGGUGGGAGAGACUUAAAUUCGGAGGUAGGAUGCCUUGUAUUGUAUGUGCGGUUGAAUGGUCACGUCGUCCGUAAGAUUUUCUUUGUUUAACACAAAAAUUAAAUCGAGUACAGAUAAACCGAGUUGUAUAAAUACAAUCUAGUUCGA